CUCUGCUCUGUUCCUCUAUGGUUUUUGUUCCUGUUGGUUCUCCAGUGUUUACCGUGUUAAGAUUUUGUUUUUGCCUGCCUGCCAGCUUAUCCACCAACUGACUAGAUAUAAAGAUGGGAAAAGUCCGCCUCAAAUCAUUGUUGCUGGGGGUUUCUUUUGGUCUGUUGUUCCUCUAUCUCAAUAAAGAUUUUGCUGCCAAAACAGCCAUUUGGAUCCCCGAAGCUGUGAGAGAGGGGAGAAGUGAAAUAAGAAGAUCCACCACGAACAUCUCCUACGUAUACUCCUUCCCGAAAUGCCAACAAAACACUUCCGCUGCCAAAGUGGAAAACUUCAACUCUCUUCCUCUUCAUAUUCAAGACUUUCUCUACCAUAAACACUGUCGACAUUUCCCCAUGCUGCUGGACGUUCCUGACAAAUGUGGAGGAGCUGAUGAAUCUGCAGAGGUCUUUCUCCUCCUGGUCAUUAAAAGCAUUCCUGAUAACUUUGAACGCAGAGAGGUACUGCGCAAAACCUGGGCUACAGAGAGGUUGCAGAACGGUGUGCAGAUCCGGAGGAUCUUCAUCUCAGGAGCGACAGGUUCUGGUUUUGAAAGAGAGAGAAAGAACAGACUUCUUGAACUGGAACAAAAAGAGUACAAUGACAUUCUUCAAUGGGACUUUAAAGACACGUUCUACAAUCUCACCUUAAAGCAGGUGCUCUUCCUAGAAUGGAUGGAAAGAAACUGUCCGAAAGCUCGCUUCUUGCUAAAUGGUGAUGAUGACGUUUUUGCGAACACAGACAACAUGGUUGAGUAUCUCCAAGGCCUCAGGGACAAUGAUGGAAGCAAGCACCUCUUUACCGGAAAUUUGGUCGAGAACGUGGGGCCCAUCAGAUCACCAGGGAGCAAGUACUAUGUCCCAGUGCAAGUGCAGGAGUCAGAGUCUUAUCCCCCUUAUUGUGGUGGUGGAGGCUUCCUCCUGUCUGGCUAUUCAGCUAUGGUCAUAUACAACAUGUCCAAGUCCAUCCCUUUUAUUCCUAUAGAUGAUGUUUACAUGGGGAUGUGUAUGGCUAAAGCAGGAUUACGUCCAGUGUACCAUAUGGGUAUAAGGACAUCAGGAAUGUACAUUCCCUCGCAUAAACUAGAUGAAUUUGAUCCCUGCUAUUAUAAAGAGAUUUUACUGGUGCACAGAUUCCUUCCAGCAGGCAUCUAUCUUAUGUGGCAAAGAAUUAAUGACCCCAAUCUAAAAUGUGAAUUGCCAAAGAAAUCAUUUUGGUAGCAUUAAGCUCACUGGUGGUGUUUAUACCCUGUGAUCAAUUGACAGCAGGUCUAUGACACAGCCUCUAAUGUCACUGGUAGAGACAGGUUUAACCUAAACCAGACAACAAAAAACAAAUCCAUUGAAUUAUGAUUGCGGUGUGUGUUUGUUUGUUUCGUUGGUUUGUGUGGCUGUGGGUUUAUGUUUUGACUGGAGCUUGGUGUUGGUCCACAUUUUAUGACUACCAGCUUAAUCAUGUUGGUUGCAAAUUUUUCAAAAAAAAAUAUUAACA